AUGCCACCCCCAACAUUCUCCUACGGCCUCAACCUCGCAAACAAAAAACAACCAAACGCGCGCCCAGGCGCACCGGGGGCCCUCGGGCAAAAGCGCAAGAAAACAAUCUUUGACUCAGACUCAGACACGGAAAGCAAAGACACCGGAAGCGGGGAAGUCGAGAUCUCCACAAUCGGCGGACUAGAAGAGACAAAAGCCGCCUCGUCCUCGUCUGCGAAGGUGUCGACGACGGAACCUCCCGCGAAGCGCAGAGUUCCGUUCGGGGGAGCGGUGACGGGGAAACCGAACGUCAAACCGCUGAGCAAGAAUUCUAUUUUCGCGGACGAUGACGACGAGGACGAGACUACGGAGAAGCAGACGGGGGAUAGUGGGGUUUCGUUUGGGUUGAAUACGAAGAAGGGUGGUGGUGGUUCUGCGGCGGGGAAUAAGGAUUAUGUGAAUUUGGCUGCGAUGCAUAGUAGUAAGAAGCAUGCGCAGGAGGCGGAGGAGCUUGAUCCUUCAAUUUAUUCUUACGACGCGGUUUACGAGAGUUUGCAUGCGAAGCCUGGGAAGGGGAAAGCGGCGGCGGAGAAUAAAAGUGAGGGGCCGCGGUAUAUGGGGUCUUUGUUGCGGAGUGCGGAGGUUCGCAAGCGCGAUCAGCUUCGCGCGCGGGAUCGGAUGCUGGCUAAGGAGCGGGAGGCUGAGGGCGAUGAGUUUGCUGAUAAGGAGAAGUUUGUGACGUCUGCGUAUAAGAAGCAACAGGAGGAACUGCGGAGGAUUGAAGAGGAGGAGGCGGAGCGGGAGAGGCAGGAGGAAGAACGACGGAAACAGAAUGGAGGUACCGGUAUGGUUGAUUUCUACAGGGACAUGCUAUCUCGGGGCGAACAACAGCAUGAAGCUGUUAUGAAGGCUACGGAAGAGGCUGCACGGCGGGUGCAAGCUGGAGAAGCCCCGGAAGAAACAGAGGAGUCCAAGGAGAAGACAGAGGCGCAGAAGGCCGAGGAGCUCAAUGCGCGGGGUGCCCAUAUUGCCGUCAACGACGAAGGACAGGUCGUCGACAAGCGGCAGUUGCUGUCUGCUGGUCUCAAUGCCGCCCCGAAACCCAAGCAACAGCCCUCUGCGGCCACGGCUGCCGCUGGAUCGCGUGCUUUUGCGCCAAAGUCCCGGUUCCAAUCAGAGCAACAGAACGCUCGGGCUGGCCAGCGCGCUCGUCAAACAGAGAUGAUUGCUUCGCAACUGGAAGAGAAAGCGCGAGAGGAAGAAGCGGCCGAGGCAGCACGGCAGAAAGAAAUCGCAGAGCGCAGCCGCAGUCGCAAGACCGAGGGAGAUGUCUCGAGCGCAAAGGAGCGAUACCUGGCGAGAAAAAGGGAACGAGAAGCCGCCGCGAAGGCAAAGGGUGCCUAA